AAAAAAGGUAUUGCUUCUCUUAUGGUGUUGAGAUCAGACUACCAAAUGGUAGGUGAUAAUUAGCAUUAAGGGUAGAACGGAACUCACUGUGGCUCUUUGUAGUUAUAUGCUUUGUACCACCUAAUUAUGGCACAGAAUUGUGGGAAUUUGAGAUUGCCGAUUCUUUCAUCACUGUGGGCUUCCUUGAGGGUCUCAACCUUCUUGUGGGAAGAGACCUUAUUUGAUAGGAGCCACAGCAUAUGAUCUUGGUCCUGAUGUCUGACCAUGGAGAUGUGAGCCUCCCACCCGAAGAACGGGUGAGGGCUCUGUCCCUGCUGGGCAGCUCUGUGGAGGUAAAUGAAGACAUUCCACCCCGCCGGUACUUCCGCUCUGGAGUGGAGAUGAUCCGUAUGGCAUCCAUUUACUCUGAGGAAGGCAACAUUGAACAUGCUUUCAUCCUCUAUAACAAGUAUAUCACGCUCUUUAUUGAGAAACUGCCAAAGCAUCGAGAUUACAAAUCCUCCGUCAUUCCUGAAAAGAAAGAUACAGUAAAGAAAUUAAAGGAGAUUGCAUUUCCCAGAGCAGAAGAACUAAAGGCAGAACUAUUAAAACGAUAUACCAAAGAAUAUACAGAUUAUAAUGAAGAAAAGAAGAAGGAAGCUGAACAGUUUGCCAGGAACCUGGCCAUCCAGCAGGAGCUGGAGAAGGAAAGGCAGAGGGUCGCACAGCAGAAGCAGCAGCAAUUGGAGCAAGAGCAGUUCCAUGCCUUUGAGGAGAUGAUUCGGAACCAGGAGCUAGAAAAAGAGCGGCUGAAAAUUGUACAGGAGUUUGGGAAGGUGGACCCUGGCCAAGGUGGCCCCUUGGUGCCUGACGUGCCCCCCCCAGAUGUGUUCCCCACAGCUCCAGUCCCAUCCACGCAGCCCCCGCACAGCAGCACAACACCCAGGCCCACCAAGCCUCCCGUGGUGGACAGGUCCUUGAAACCUGGCGCAUUGAACAACUCAGAAAGUAUUCCAACCAUCGAGGGACUACGCCACGUGGUGGUGCCUGAGCGGCUCUGCCCCCAGUUUCUCCAGUUAGCCAGUGCCAACACUGCCCGGGGAGUAGAAACAUGUGGAAUUCUCUGCGGAAAACUGAUGAGGAAUGAAUUUACCAUCACCCACGUUCUCAUCCCCAAGCAAAGUGCUGGAGCCGAUUAUUGCAACACCGAAAAUGAGGAAGAGCUUUUCUUCAUACAGGAUGAGCAGGACCUCAUCACACUGGGCUGGAUUCAUACUCAUCCCACGCAGACCGCCUUCCUCUCCAGUGUCGAUAUGCACACUCACUGUUCCUACCAGAUGAUGUUGCCAGAAUCAAUAGCCAUCGUUUGCUCUCCCAAGUUCCAGGAGACUGGAUUCUUCAAACUGACCGACCAUGGAUUCAAAGAGAUUUCUUCUUGUCGCCAGAAAGGCUUCCAUCCACACAGAAAGGAUCCCCCUCUAUUCUGUAAUUGCAGCCACGUGACAGUUGUGGACAGAGCCGUGACCAUCACAGACCUUCGAUGAGAGAGUGCAAUUCAAAUUCCUUCCAAGAACUGUUAAUCCAUAUCAGUGUACUGUAGCCCCUUUCUUUAAAUGUCCAGAAAGCUCUGGAAAUUAUUUUCAAUACAGAUUGGAAAGUAUUACCUGGGGGUGAAUUGAUUUUCUGUUUCUGAUAGGAAAAGAAAUAAUGAACUGUAUCUUUUAGGCAAGUCUGGAGGAUAAGACCAUCACACUAAAGCAAUAGGAGAGUCCACUGCCUACAAUGAAAACAUUAAGUGGGAGCGUAGUUGAAAUUAACACUCGCAUAUAUCCUUUGUUCUAUACUGACAAAUUAUUGACAUGCUUUUCCCCCCUCCCAGCUGUCCUCCUAACUUCCCUCCCAACUUGGUUCUUGUUUACUUUUGGACUAACCAAGGGCAUCUCUGCAGAAGCUUGGAGGCCACUGAGUAGCUGUUUGGGCGUUGCCAUGGCUUGUGGUGGGGUGAGUGAAGCUGACCAGAGACCAGACCACUCACCGUAUCUGACCAGGUGAUGAGGCGCAGAAAUGCUCAAGAGUGAUUUUGUCAGGAAUUCUUGUUAUUUAACACAUGUUUCAGGGUAUUUUUUUCUCUGUA